UAUUAAUGGUUAAUAUAGUUUGAGAAUCGACACCAAUUAAAAACUAGCCUGUUGAGGCAUUUUCUCAUAUUAGCGCCACCACCAUUAAGUAGCGCCACCUGGUACCAUUUGGUAGCAACCCAUCCAAUGCCAGGUCCAUACAGUGCCGACAGAAAUAGAGCCCGGUGUCUGUUGAAAAAUAAGCCCACCGCCCAGUUCUCCCCCAAGUUUUCUGUCGGGAAAUAUCUAGGCAGAAAGAUGCCCAACAUUAAGGUCUUCAGCGGCUCCUCUCAUCCCGAUUUGGCUCAAAAAGUGGUCGACCGUUUGGGCAUCGAACUUGGCCGAGUCGUGGCAAAAAAGUUCUCUAACCUCGAGACCAAUGUCGAGAUCGGAGAGUCUGUUCGAGGAGAAGAUGUCUACAUUGUCCAGAGUGGAUCAGGAGAGAUUAACGACAAUCUAAUGGAACUACUCAUCAUGAUCAAUGCCUGUAAAAUUGCAUCUGCUUCAAGAGUCACCGCUGUCAUCCCAUGUUUUCCUUACGCCAGACAGGAUAAAAAAGACAAGGGAGUGCAACACACGAGUCGAGCCCCCAUCUCAGCCAAGCUGGUGGCUAACAUGUUAAGUGUAGCUGGAGCAGAUCAUAUCAUUACAAUGGAUUUACAUGCGUCUCAAAUUCAAGGAUUCUUUGAUAUCCCCGUUGACAAUCUCUAUGCUGAACCUGCCGUCUUGAAGUGGAUUAAAGAAAACAUUCCGGAGUGGCGCAACUGUAUUAUAGUUUCGCCAGACGCGGGCGGUGCUAAAAGGGUGACUUCGAUUGCCGAUCGACUCAACGUUGAUUUCGCCUUGAUCCACAAGGAGCGAAAGAAGGCUAAUGAAGUGGCUGCCAUGGUUCUUGUCGGAGACGUCAAAGAUCGUGUUGCCAUUCUGGUCGACGACAUGGCUGACACAUGCGGCACAAUCUGCCACGCAGCAGACAAACUACUCGAAGCAGGUGCCACAAAAGUGUAUGCCAUUUUAACACACGGUAUCUUCUCUGGCCCUGCCAUAUCACGCAUCAACAACGCCUGUUUCGAGGCGGUAGUUGUCACUAAUUCUAUACCUCAAGAUAGACACAUGAAAGAGUGCUCCAAAAUCCAGGUGAUAGACGUUUCGAUGAUGUUCGCCGAGGCCGUACGACGCACCCACAAUGGCGAGUCGGUGUCGUACCUGUUCUCCAACGUCCCCUACUAAAUAUAGUACAAUUAGCGCACCGAACACCUGCGAGCUUCAUCACUACAAUGAUUGUCGCUGUGGCCUCCCUCUCUGGCACCAACCCUCCUUCUCUUUUUGCAGUUUAGAUACAUUCCACACAUUCGAUCAUUAUUUUUCUUCUUUUUUUUCCCGACUUGUCUAUGUGUGGCAACCACGAUAUAUAUCUAUCUAUCCGCUACUUUCAAGAUGAAAUGGAAAACUCCUCCCAAGCAGCCUUUUUUCUUUCCAUCCAUUUGGCCCGUUGCGAUGAGCCCAACCCCUUCAUUCUUCUUGAUAGACAAGAUUGACAAAUAGAGUUGUGCCAUAAUUGUCACAUGCCCUCUUUCGAUGCUCGUUGGUGUGCUUUGUGGUGGCUUUCAUGUGUGUUUAUCCUUUUUCUUUUUAUAUGGGUCAGUCUUUGACGAACCACUAUAUACUUUUCUCACUUUCUGUCUUGUUGAAUAUCUUUUGGUCCACAAAAAUAGUUUUUGUUUAGAAAAAAAAAUGGAAUGAAAUUGACUGAUGCUCUGGAAUUGUUUCACUGCACUUGUGAUGAAAUAUAUAUGAAGCUAGUGAGGGUACGAAAAACAAA